AUGAGGUUGUUUGUUCGAUCCCACUUUGGUGACCAGGUCGUAAUAUCUGUGGGACCAAAUGAGUCCGUGAAGUCACUAAAAGAUAAAAUUUCGGUUGUCACCGGCAUACAGGCUACUACUCAAUCCCUUUAUCAUCAAGGCUCUCCUUUACUCGAUAGUGCAUUUCUAGAAGAUUUCGGUAUCACCGACCUAGAUAAUGUCGACGUAAAUUGUGAACUGCGAGGUGGAGGAAAGAAGAGAAAAAAGAAAAAUUAUACCACUCCGAAAAAGAUCAAACACAAAAAGAAAAAAGUGAAACUCGCAACGCUUAAGUUUUAUAAAGUUGACUCAAAUGGAAAGGUAACUCGGUUAAGAAGAGAAUGUCCCAAUGAGAAGUGUGGUGCAGGAGUCUUUAUGGCCAGCCACUUCGAUCGUGAAUAUUGUGGAAAAUGUGCCCUAACAUAUAAACAUGUGAAUAAGUAA